CACGAAGAGCCGCUCCAGCUGUUCAGGACGGAAAGGGUUGGAUGGACGGUUCUCCAGAGGGACUCUACAGAAGCCUGGAUGGACAAAAGACGAGGAUGAGAAGCUGCACAGACUGCUGAAGGAGUUUGGAUCAAACAGCUGGUCUUCAGUCUCUCUUCAUUUUAAAGGUCAGAGGUCAGACGUGGAGUGUCAGCGGAGGUGGCAGCAGAUAAAGAACCCAGAGCUGGUCAAAGGACCCUGGACUCAGGAGGAGGAUGAGAAGGUCAUUGAGCUGGUUCACAAGUACGGCGUGAAGCGCUGGUCGCUCAUCGCCAAACACCUGCACAGUCGGAACGGGAAGCAGUGCCGUGAGCGCUGGCACAACCACCUGAACCCGCUGGUGAAGAAGAGCGGCUGGACGCCGGAGGAGGACCGCGUCAUCUGCCGGGCCCACAGGCUGCUGGGAAACCGCUGGGCCGACAUCUCCAAGCUGCUGCCCGGCAGGACCGAUAACUCCAUCAAGAACCACUGGAACUCCACCCUGAAGAGGAAGGUGGAGAAGGAGGGCUACCUGCAGGUCCUGCACCUCUACAACUCCCGGGGCCCCCCCAGCACAGCCAGCAUCCCCGCCAAGCAGGCGGACAGUCUUUCCAGCGGGAAGGACGAGUCCAGCUGCACCUCCAGCGAUCUGAGCAUGUGCGGACGUCAUAGCAGUCACGCCCACUUGUGCUCCGUCUGUGUCCCCGCCUCCUCCUCGGGCUACGACUCCUCUUUGAGCAUGUGCGAGCUGACGGCGCCGGUGGAGCUGAUGGAGGAGAACCCAGAGACCUGGAGCCGUGGCCCACAGGAAGUGACCUCAUCGCUGUCCACCUGCCUGUACAAAGACGCCGCCGACCCGUCAGUUAUUAAUCUGAGCAGGAGCUACGUUGCAGGUCUGAAGGAGCAGCUGGUGAACAGCGAGGACGGAGCCUCCUGCAUGGACGCCACCUCCUCCUGGAGCAGAGGCAGCAUGCUGGGAGCUCUGACCUUCUCCCCCUCCGAGUUCCUCAGUCUGUGCGGUGUGGAGGAUCUGAAGCUACAGCGUCCGGCUCUCACCUCCACCCCUGUCUGUUCCCUCAAACACCCCCCCACCGGCUCCCAGGACGACUCCUGUCUGCACUGCAGCCACAGCAGCCAGACGCCUUCAGAGAUCAGAGACAGGAUCAGAGUGCUGUGCAGGUCCACCCCUCAAACACCGACACCGCUGAAGACCCACAGCAGCAUCCAGGACGAGGUGUCGGUUUGUUCGAGCAGGAUGAUGAAUCUGACGUGGGAGGAGCGAAGUGCUGAUCCUGACAGUCAGCAGUCUAGCAGCAGCUCCGAGGUCCAGGGAGAGAGUCUGCUGAGCUCCAUCCUGCAGGUCCAGAGAGAGACCAGCCCCAUCUCACAGGAUCAGAGAGAGACCAGGUCCAUCCAGCAGCAGGUCCAGAGAGAGUCCGGCUCCGUCCUGGGCUGCAAGGAGUUCGGCUGCUUCCCGCUGGAGGGGCAGAUGGAGGUGUGGUGGUGCCAGCAGCCAGUCGGUUACCUGCACUCCCCUGAAUGUCCUGCCUACAAACUGAACCCCUUUGAGCUGAGCGGUGACCUACAGGUGGUGAUGUUUGGGAAGACGGAGGACCAGGUGAGUCUGACGGAGCAGGCCCGGCUCUACGUGGAGCCCUGAUCCUCCUUGCUCAGCAGCUGGUGAGGACAGCGGCCUGGAGAUCCGACCCGCCUCUGCUUCGUGUCCCUGAAGGCGGCUGGAGGACAAACGGAGGGAAACGCUGCUCGGUCUGGAGACACCUGCUUUCUUCAUCCUCCUCGUCCGUCUGAGACGAGCAGCGGCCGGAUCCCGACGCGUCGACUCUUUUUAUUAUUACAAUCUGUUUUUAUUUGCCGAGUCGACGUGUGAAUCAUGAGUCAGCACUUUAAAUCGGUUGUGGUGUCCGGACGUUCACUGCAGAGGCUCUUCAGUUCGUACAGCUGAGCUUUGAUUGAUUUAUUGAGAAGUUUACAGAAAACACACAUUUUACUGAAAACAUUUUUAGAAUCCAAAACAAGCUUUUAGAUUUUUAAUGUCCAUUUUUAGCCCUGUUAUUUAUUUGAUUUUCUGAAAGACUUUCUAUUUAAACCUCAUCACUUUGGAUCAAACUCUUUGAAACUCCCGAGUGCUUUUAUUUAUUGAAUGUUCGAAGCAGGAGACACUUUGAAAUAAACCUCUGUUAAAGUGAA